UAAAGAACCGCACAAAUGGUAUUCUUUCAAGCUUUGACCUACAUGUAAGUGACACACAGGCACUGGAAUAUGGAUAACAGUUUUAUAUUUUUUGUUGUGGCAUUUGUGGGAUGUGCUCAGUUUGCUGUUGGAAGCCGCGUUCGCUGCCUGGAGUGCAGUAGAAUGACAAAACCUGAGGACUGCAAGAAGGAUGUGCUAUGCGACGAGAUCGAGAUCUGUCAUACUGAAAAGUACAUCACAGAUCUGGGGCACAUCCUGUACGACACUGGCUGUAAACUCACUUCCUCGUGUGCUGCAUUGGGGUACAAGAGACCUCAGGGCGCUUUCCAGCCUAACAUGGCCCUCACAGGGCGCAAGCGGCAGAACAUUGCAGCUCAUGUGUGUGAACAGUGUUGUGAUACAGAUCUGUGCAACAUGCACCUGUGUGGGGGAAAAGAUACUGGGAAACUGGAAUGUGCAACGUGUGUGGGUCUGCAGAACAUGUCCUACUGUACGCAGUUAGACUUCUGUGAACCAGACGAGGUAUGCUUUAUCGAAAAAAAGAUAACAGACACCUUUGGACAACUGUAUGACGCGGGCUGCGUCAAAAAGUCGCAAUGUGAUGCCAAACACCAUUCCAAGCGACAGUAUGACAACGUGGUGGACCUGUGCUUUAACUGCUGCAACACGUCAUCCUGUAACUACGAGUGCCACAGGGCUCCAACACCAGCGGUAACAACUCCAACUAUUAUUACUAAUACGCCGACCACAACAACAACAGCAACAACAACAACAACAACAACAACAACAACUACUACUACUACUACUACUACUACUACUACUACUACACCUACUACCACUACGCCGACUACAACAACAACUACUACUACUACUACUACUACUACACCAACUACUACUACGCCUACUACUAUACCAACUACUACUACGCCCACUACUACACCAACUACUGCGCCAACAACUCCCACUUCUCCUACUACAACUACAACAUCUACUACUACAGCAGCGCCUUUGCCGUCAUCCAUCUGCCCCACGUUCCCACCCAUGGCCACAAGACAACCCCCCAAGAUCUUGAACAACGUCCUUGCAUCCAUUGGAUGCAGUGGCAUGAAUGAUGUUGUCCUCCUCGUGGAUGAUUCGCACGCUGUCACGGAUGAGGAUGCGCACCACUUUGAGAUGUUUGCCCGGGUGUUUGCCGCCACCCUAGAUAUUGGUCCAAAUAAGACCCGGAUGGGGUAUACGUACUAUGGAGAACAAUCCAGGGACAUUAUUAAUCUACAUAGAGGCGAUGACCGGGAUUACAUCAACGCACACAUGGCUUACGCAGAACGGAAAUAUGGAACCGCUGCAGGUAACGCCAAACUUGGGAAAGCACUCAUGCGUGUCAAUCAAGUGGUGUUUUCGAAACGACACGAAAGACCGGGCGCAAAGAAGUACCUGGUGAUAUUGUCUGAAAGCAACGCAUACCACAUGGGUAUAACAAUAGCAGAAGCAAAACUAUUAAAGGACAGAGGAGUAGAAAUCAUCUUUAUUGGAAUUGGGGAUUUUACAGGUUUAUCCAGUGACCUUGAGAAAGUGGUGACAAGUCCACAUCAGACUCACCUGAUCACGGUGGAUUCUGUAGAAGAUCUCGGGUAUUCGCUGGAGGAUAUUUUCGUGAGUCGUUGUUGGGGACACACUCCAACCGUGGCUCCAGAUCCAUGCGCCGGACCCAAGCUUCUCAACUAUCUCGGUUGUGGAGCCAAAGAAGACAUUAUAUUGAUCCUGGACCACUCUGGCAGCAUCACCAUUCCUGACUGGAAGAAGAUGGCGGAGUUUACCCACAAGUUGGUGGACCACUUCAACGUGUCCCAAGACACCACAAGAAUUGGAUUGAUGAUCUUUAACAACGAACAGAAGCCGCUCAUCCAGCUUGGAAACUCGCUUAGCAAAGCCGAUCUGUUGAGCGAAAUUGAUGCCAAGUUAGGGGGUGUCCGCGUGGAGGGCGACACUUUUACUAAUCUUGCCUUGGACCGAACUUUACAUUUGUUUCGUCAUGAACGGAGACAGGACGCCAUGAAGGUGGCAAUCAUCUUCACCGAUGGCGGUUCUCACAAGAAAUUUGAAACGUUCUCCACUGCCAUGGACCUUCAUCAUGACAACGUCACCGUAUUUGUUGUUGGAAUCGGCACCGAGAUUGACCUAAACGAGCAGAUGAUACUAGCCUCUGACCCGGAUGCAGAACACAUGCUGAACGUGCACGAUUACCACAACCUCAUUCGGUACCUUGAUUACCUGAUUGCAGUCAGGUGCAGAGAUAUGGCCAUAUCAACUACCCCUGUCCAUCCAUCUACAACAAUCAGACGAACCUGAUCAGUAAUCAAGACGGCGUUGAAAGACCAGUGACCUAUUGUGACAUGGCAUGGCUUGAAUAAAAAUGUACGUUAGAA